GCAGUUGGCACCGUGACCUUGGGAGCUGGGAAGCCUGACUAGAAUUCCUGGGAGCCAUGUGAGCUGGACUGGCAGGAGCAGCUGCAGCCAAUGGGGAAGAGACYAGCACUGGCUGCUUGGAUUGAGUUUCACUCCUGUGGCUUGAGAUUUUUCUCUUUCUCUCCCUGUUGUGMUUUUCCUCUUUGUUUACGGGAUUGGACAGACGAAUGCACUGAUGGAGCACUAGCAAGCAAGAUGUUUGUGUAGCGGAAUUGGGAUUCUGCCUUCAGUGCUGAGCAACCACUUCUCACCAUUGCCUACCACAGCUCCAGCCCCCUGGCAUGGCUGGGCGUUUACAGCUCUGGGCCGUCUGAGCACACAACCCGCCCUCUUCUAGUAGGGUAUUUUAUGUUGUGUUCUCUCGUAAGCACGUCAUUUUUGCUCUCCUUAGAGGUUUUAGUGUAUGAGGCUUUUUAAUCCAUGGGAGAUGGGUCAGGACCAGACAAAGCAACAGAUAGAGAAAGGACUCCAUCUUUACCAGUCUAACCAGACCGAAAAGGCCCUGCGAGUCUGGAUGAGGGUUUUGGAGAAGUCUGCGGAUCCUGCUGGCAGGUUUCGGGUUUUGGGUUGCCUCAUCACUGCUCAUGCAGAGAUGGGCAGAUACAAAGACAUGCUGAAGUUUGCAGUGGUACAGAUUGACACAGCACGGGAGCUGGAAGACCCGGAUUACCUUACAGAGAGCUACCUAAACCUGGCUCGCAGCAAUGAGAAACUCUGUGAAUUCCAGAAAGCAAUCUCGUACUGUAAAACGUGCCUGAACAUGCAGGGUACCACUGUGAGYCUGCAGCUGAAUGGCCAGGUGAGCCUCAGCAUGGGCAAUGCCUUCUUGGGCCUCAGCAUUUUCCAGAAGGCUUUGGAGUGCUUUGAGAAAGCUUUACGCUACGCACACAACAACGAUGACAAGAUGCUGGAAUGUCGAGUCUGCUGCAGCCUUGGGAACUUCUACACCCAGAUAAAGGACUACGAGAAAGCCUUGUUCUUCCCAUGUAAAGCCGCUGAGCUGGUGAAUGAUUACGGGAAGGGCUGGAGCCUGAAGUACCGUGCCAUGAGCCAGUACCACAUGGCCGUGGCCUAUCGCAAGCUGGGGCGCCUGGCGGAUGCCAUGGACUGCUGUGAGGAGUCCAUGAAGAUUGCCCUGCAGCAUGGUGACCGGCCGCUGCAAGCACUGUGUCUGCUCUGCUUUGCAGAUAUCCAUCGCAGUCGCAGAGACGUGCAGACAGCCUUUCCUCGGUAUGACUCUUCCAUGAGCAUCAUGACAGAGAUUGGAAACCGUCUGGGCCUGAUCCAAGUGCUGCUAGGAGUGACUAAGUGCUGGAUGAUUCAGAAGGAGCUGGACAAGGCUCUGGAAAGCAUUGAAAAGGCCCAGGAGCUGGCAGAGGGACUAGGGAACAAGCUUGGCCUGCUGAAACUCCACUGCCUGUGUGAAAGGAUCUAUCGCACGAAGGAGCAGCAGCGAGAAUUGCGUGACCAUGUAGUGAAGUUCCACGAAUGCGUGGAAGAGAUGGAGCUGUACUGUGGCAUGUGUGGAGAGUCCAUUGGGGAGAAGAACAACCAGCUCCAGGCACUACCUUGCUCCCACUUCUUCCACUUGAAGUGCCUCCAGACCAACGGGACCCGCGGCUGCCCCAACUGCCGCCGCUUGUCGGUGAAGCCGGGCUACGUGUGACCGCCCGCGGGGCUCGGCCGGGACCGACGGAGCCGCUCCCCGACCCCUCGGGCUGUGCCUGGC